AUGACAACCAUCGCCUCUUCCAACCACUCAACCUCCGAUCCACACUUCGCCUCCUUCCCCAAACCCGACCACGCCAACCCGCAUGAUCACACCUCUCCUUACAAGCACGACCACACCGCCGACCAAUCCAACCCCGCCGCCCCUCCCGGCUACCACAAACCCUCCCACGCCUCAACCGACCCAACCCCCCUCUCCCACUCUCACUCCAACCCCAUCCACCUCCCCUCGCACGCGCACGCACAUACACACGCCCACAUCGCGACCCCGCACCCCAUGGCCUCAACCCUCAGCUACCUCGACGCCCACGUCCCCGCCUUCGCCAAGCACCACAAGGAAUACACCGUGCAGCACGACUUCCGGCGCGCCAAGCGCGACGCUCGCCAGAGUCUGGACUCGCCCAUCCCGGAACUGGCCGAGUCAGAAACAGACGAGCAGCAUCAUCAGAGGUUGAGCGAGGAGGAGGAGCGGCGGCGGAUCGCCGAGAUGCUGGAAAGAGAGAGAAUCGAAAAGGAGGAGCAGCGGCGGCGCACGGCGGAGAUGGGGAGGGCGAAGUGGGAGGAGGUCGUGCGCGAGAGGGAGGCGGCGAGGAAGAGGAGUGGGGCGUUUGAGGAUGGGGAGGGCGGGGAGGGACUUUGA